GAUGUUGGAAGCAUAAGAAAAUUUGUAAUGAGUAUGCCUAGAAAAAUUAAAGAUCCGUCUGUAUUAAGGAUUUGGCAUGAUAACAGUGGACAAGGACACGCUGCAUCGUGGUACCUUAAUAAGAUAAUAUUGGAUGAUAUACAAACAGACGAAAGGUACCUCUUUAUAUGCAACCAAUGGCUGUCAUUGGAUCACGAUGAUGGGUGCAUAAGCUGUGCUAUACCUGUAACCAAUAGUGUAGAUUCAUUCAGAUUUUCAUUUCUGUUUUACGAGAAAACAAGAGAAAACACAGUGGAUAAACAUAUGUGGCUCUCAGUAGCGGUCAGACCAGAAGACAGUAAUUUUACGCGGCUGGAACGCCUGGCAUGCUGUUUAACAUUGUUAUUUUUGACAAUGAUUUCGAACGCUAUGUUUUAUGGACAGGAUACCGGAAGUAGAAUAUCAGUAGGACCUAUAGAAUUUUCUUUAUCAGGAAUAUAUAUUUCAUUCAUUAGUGCGCUUAUUGCUACGCCUCCAGUAUUUCUGGUUGCAUACAUGUACAGAAAUUCGAGUUGUCGAAAAUUAAGUAAAAACAAGGCAAUGCAGAAUCAAAAUGGGAAAUCAGAACUUCCACUGAAUUUACAAAAUGACCAGCUAAGUGAAGAUUUAACAUUAAAUGUCAGUGACGCAUUUCUCCCAUUCUGGUGUAGAUAUAUUGCAUGGUGUAUUGUGACUACAGCUGUGCUUGUGUCUGGAUUCUUUCUAAUUCUCUACAGUAUGGAGUGGGGAAAAAGCAAAUCCGAGCAAUGGCUGCUUUCCUUCUUUUUGUCGUUCUUCGAAUCAAUGUUUGUGGUGGAUCCGCUGAAGAUUUUAGUUAUAUCAGUCUUGUUUUCCUGGAUUUUUAAAAGUCACAGAGAAAAAUACGUUAAAUACGAUAGAGAAAAAGUUUUGUUUGAAACUAAACGACACGCAUGUACACCAGUGACAUAUCUUUUAGAUUUAUUCAAGAAGAACAUUGUUCCCCUGCAAUCAAAAGAAAUUAAAAAAAUGAAAGAAGAAAGAAAGAAACGACUUAAAAGCCAAGAGAUGUUUAUUGAACUAGUGUUGUAUAUGAUAUUCCUUGCUGUUUUGUAUUGCGUCAGUUUUAGUAACAGAGAUUCGACAUGGUAUAACAUCAACCAACAUCUCAACAGACAACUUGUAACACCAACCAAUGUGUCAGUCGGAGAUACGACAAUUAGAUAUGACCAGGUGAAAACUACGUCUGAUUUGUAUUCCUGGCUCGAUCAGACCCUCAUCCCAUUUCUGUUUCCACAAAACCGUGACAAUGGAUACGAACUUAAUUCCAAUGAGAGAUUGUUUGUACAAGAUCAAGUUAAUUUUCGUGUAGGACCAAUGAGACUUAGACAGGUUCGGGCAAUUGAAGAACCAUGUAAGACACGUUUAUGGGAGAAUUUAACUUGUUAUAACAAGUAUUCUAUCAACCGAGAAGACGAUCACAGCUACUGUGUUGGGUGGGAGUCACUUCCAUGUGCUAGAGGUCAAUCAGUUUACAAUAUAACGUUUGCUGCAUGGAAGUUUGUGACGUCUGCGGAGAUCUGGGGACUUCCGGUCAAUGGGUUACAUUCUUAUUACAGUGGAGGGGGAUAUAUAGCAGAAUUUGUUGUCAAUUUCAACAUUUCACGAUUAGUUCUAAGCGAUUUACACAAGUACACCUGGAUAGACCGUCAAACGAGAGCUAUUUUUACCGAGUUUACCUUGUACAACGCCAAUGAUAAUGUGUUUACCUAUGUAACGUUCUUGAUUGAAUUCCCGGAAACUGGAGGCGUAAUAACAAGUUAUUCAUUCCAACCGUUCAGGCCGUAUCAGCAUAUAGGAAGUCUUGGUUUGUUUAUUUUUAUAUGUGAAUUAAUUCUUUUGAUUGGAAUGGUGAUAUUUGCUGUAAGUAAAAUUAUAUACAUUCGCCGACAUGGGAAAAGUUCAUUCAGAGAAUUAUGGAACAUUCUAGAUGUUAUGAUCACCAUUUUAUUUUUUAUCUGUAGUAUAAUGUAUAUCGGCAGAUGGAUAAUGAUCAAUGUGGCGAUGGAUGAAUUUGAGAAAAAUAAAAACAAAUUUGUAAACUUCAGUCACAUAGCAUCAUGGGAUGAGUUAUUUAAUGCUUUCCUGGCGUUCACAAUAAGUCUGACAACAUUCCGAAUUAUGAGAAUUCUUAGCUACAAUGACAGAAUAAAUCAACUAGGAACUGUACUUUCCAAUGUUGGUCGAGAUUUGUGUGGAUGUUUUAUUAUGUUUUUCCUUGUUUAUUCAGCAUUUAUUAUAUCUGGACAUCUGUUAUUCGGCCGGCAUUUAGAAACAUAUAAAAAUUUGUUUGUGUCAUCGACAACUUUAGUCAAUGCUAUAAUUGGUAAAAAUAGCAUAAAUGACUUGUUUUCAAUUGAACCGAUUGUUGGUAGGGUAUACUAUUUCUUUUUUGUAUUAUUUUUAUUAUGGAUUUUAAUGACUAUGUUGAAUGCUACAUUGAAUGUGGGUAUUACAUCAGUGCGGAACCAAGCAGUUCAAUCACAAUACGGUUUAAUAAAUCUUUUAUUGGCAUUCUUCAGAGAAACUGUUGGAUCCGUUAUACCACAUGGUAAAACAGAAUCAAAACAAGCGAAAGAAAAGAACAAUAUGCGAGGUUAUAAAUUAUAUAAGGAUACUCCUAAAGAAAUAGAAAUUAUACGAUCUAUAACAGGAGCAACAAAUAAAGAAACCAUAAAAGAGACCAGAAAUAAGGAUACCAAGAAAGAGAAAAUUAAAACGAAACUACGAAAACGACGAAUUUAUAUGUAGUAUAUUGAAAUUGAUAACUUAAACAUUUUUUUUAUUUAAGCUUAAAUUGAUUACAUAACAAG